GUGAAGUUUGGAGAAACACAGUUGUGUCACUGGCUGUAAAACGAUAGUCAUGAUUUGGCAGUUAGAUAAUGACUCAUUUUUGGCAGCAGUUUACUUGUUUUCACAACCAACAGUACAUCCUUUAUAACCGAUGUGUAACGUUUGAAGGCAAGCAUUCAAAGCGUCGCGGACCGCUGCGCUGUACGUAUGUUUGACUGAUAAGAUCACAGCUGCAAGUGAAGGGGAUGGAGCCCAAGCUCCCAGCUGUUCGGGCUAAACGGCUCACUAAUUAGCCACAGCAAUUAUGCCACUUAUCUUAGAACUCCAAGGAAAUGGGAGUGUUAGGACUGUGGAAAAAGCUUGAGCUUGUAAUAGAGCACACACAUUAGCUGUAAUGUGUGACUUGGAGGCGUUUGUGUGUGUAUGGUGCAGCUUCCCUAAAUUAGGUGCCAAUCUGAAUUUGAAAGCACCGUGCUUGCUCUCAGAAUUUAAACGCCAAUGACAUCAUUUGAAAGGGGCCGCGGCAAUAGAAACCACGCAAGGUAUUGUUAUAAGCGAAAGAAUAAAAAAAAAGAGCCGGAAAGUUGAUUAACAACUACUGUAACGUAGGGACAUCCCCCAACACAGUCACCGGGCUGAGAAAAAUACCCAUGAUGAUGAUCAACAGAACUUUGUACUUUCCAGAAAUAAGUUUCAGUAAAUUUGUGUUACAUGACAUAAAAACUGAUAAUGUAUUUAUAUAUUUAAUAUAUAAAAGUAACAUAUACGUUAUUAAAAUCACUGUCAUUCUAUUAAAUAAUUGGCGCCUACAAAAACAACUAAAUAAUAAAAAGAAAGGAACUUUUAUUAGUAGUAUUAUAGUGUGUUUUUCAGUAACUAGCCUAAUAGGGGAGAAGAAAAACCAUCAGUGACCCACAUAUGCAAAUUUAUGGAGUGAGGGAGGCAGAAAAAGUAGUUUGUGUGAGUGUGUAUGAGAGAGAGAGAGAGAGAGAGAGAGAGAGAGAGAGAGAGAGAGAGGAGGGCAUGUAAUCGGAUUAUGGAGGCAGAGUUUUGAAGCGCACUGGUCUAUUGCUCUGUUAUCUUCUGCGGGGAAUGUCCAGCGCUUCCACCCUCAGUGCUGUUUGUUUGGAGCAUCACAACAUUUGAAAAGUUUCUCAGGAAAGACAUUGCGACACACUGAAGGCUGUUUCACUUUGCAUGGAACUGCGAAUACUUACUGUCGGCCGUUUUCCGUUUCCACAUGCGUUUCUGAUCGCCGCCGAGGAACACUAACUACUGAGAUUGGCGUUACAGAAAGAGAAACCGUGAAAAUGAGCUGAGAAAACUACGGUAAGGCAUUGCACGACACCAGCCGCACUUGCUCGUGUGGGGGAAAAUGAAGUCGCGUGGAGUUAAAAGAAGAUUUGAACCUCAGUUUGGAGAUUAAACGCUUUUUGAAAACAGCGUUUCUGCUCGUUUGGUAUCUAUGACUUUAACGAACCUAAAUGCAGCUGAAGGAGACCAGGAGGUGUUUGAUCCGCACGACUUGAGGAUUUUAUCCUAUUGGGGUUAAAUGGUUCUGAUAACGGACAGCAGGGAUGGCGGAGGAUCAUCUCCAGGAAGAGUUAAACCACUUAAACACGCUAAAAGCGCCCAGAUCUGCCCCACUAUCGUGGAGGAAUCACCUGAUCGUUUGGCCGAUAACGAUUAUGAUGAAUACCUCGGCUCGGUCGAGUUGGACGAGGACUUCGAGGAGUUGGACGACUUCUCAGACCUGCCAGACACCAGGAGCAUCGCCUCAGAUGACUCCUUUUAUCCACCGGACGAUGACUUUGCAGACUCGGAGAGAACCCCUUCCCCGGAGAGUCCCGCACCGCUCUCCUUUUUUCAGGCGUGCUGCAACAACAACGCGCUCAUAGUGAAACUCAUGAUUAGACAAGGUGUCACGGAGAAAGAUGUCCAAGAGACGGACAAAAACAAAAGAACUGGACUAAUAGUGGCGUGCUACCAGGGGUAUGUGGAUGUGGUGGUUGCUCUCUCCCAGUGUCCUCACCUGGACGUGAACUGGCAGGACAAUGAAGGCAAUACAGCCCUCACCACCGCUGCUCAGGCGGGUCACAUCACAAUCACUAACUACCUACUCAACUACUUUCCUGGGCUUAACAUUGAGAAGAGGAACUGCCAUGGUUUCACCGCUCUGAUGAAAGCUGCUAUACAGGGUCGAGUGGAAUGUGUCAGAGCCCUGAUGCUGGCAGGAGCUGACAUAUAUGCCAAGGACAACGGGAGGAAGUUCACUGCACAAGAGUGGGCCAUGUUCACAAGCCGCUAUGACACCGUGUUCGUCAUGACUCGGCUGAUGCAGCAGCCAUGUGCGGAUCAGUUCAGCGACAACUAUCGGGCCGAGUGGCCCCUUCUACCGGCCCUCGUGGCUAAAGCUCAGGCGCCCAAAGGCUGCAUUCAGAAAAUAUCCGAGACACUACGCGACUUCUUCGACAUCAGUAACGUCACCGAAGCUUCAGAAGACGGGGUCCUGGAUCACAUGGUGCGCAUGACAACAUCGCUGGGGAGCCCGUUCAUCGCGACGGCGUGCCGAACGGUGUGUCCCGGGAGCCCGCCCUGCGUGGGAAAACGCCGCUACUCCGUUCAGGAGAUACUAAAAAAACGACGCAUCGAGCAGCUGAAAAGUCUCGGCCCCGAGCGCCUCGAGAACUACAAACGUCUUUUCCACAACUCCCGCGUCCUGCUGGUGCCCAAGUUGAAAGAUCGCCGCGCGAGCCUGCAACCCCAGGCCCAAUCAGACAGCUCCUCCUCUUCCUCCCCGGCCAUCCGCAGGGCCAGUCUGCUCCCCUUACACCUGCUGAGGAGGAGCAGCGUCAGGCCGGGCAUGGUGGUGCCCAAGCUGAGGAUUACCAAGGCACCUACGGCAACCUACGUGCCGGAGAAAGUGCGGCGGAAAAGCAGCUGUAUAGACGAACAGUUCCUCCAGAUCCCGAAGUGGAGGUAUAAAGAACUGAAAGAAGAGCGAAAGAAAGCAGAGGAGGCGGAAAGGAAAAGACUGGAGGCUAUAACGAAGAGACAACUCACUACGGGCAAAAGGAAAUAAGUGUGUGGAAACGUAACGUUUUAAUACUUGAAGUUGGAUACAGAUGUAUUUUACUAUUUAUUUUGUUUUUAAUUUUUUAUAAAUGCUUCUAAACCCCUUUACCCUCUUUAUGUGGGGUAAAGUAACGUAUUUAAAGCGAACAGCUCAUUGAAUCUCUUUUCAUGAGUUUUUAGCAUCAGGAAAAUAGAUAACCAGAUCAACUAAUAUGGGUACACUACUAAAACCAGAUGCUACUUUAUGUUUACAUUCUUAAAAUAGGGUUCUUUGAUUUUUUUUUUUGUCCGAAUGCUAGUGUCGUUUCAGAUUUAACAGUAGCAUUACGAAUGUAUUUACCAGACAUACUUUGUCAAUACCUCAUCUUAAACUAUUUUUCUAAACAUUGUAGAUGUCAGUCGGUAGCAGAUCUGCAUGUAUUUGCACACAUUUCAGAGACUAACGCUACAGACAAUCACCAGCAAGUAAUGAAAGAUGGAAAAAGAGGUAGAGAUAUCAAGGAUCAGCAUCUUAUUUGAUUUUUACUGUAUAUGUAUUUGAAUAAUUAUUUAUACUACUAAGGCACUCUAAGUUCACUCUAAAAUUACUUUAUUCUGAACCUAUAAAAACAUGUAUUGUCUUUUACCAAAUGGUAUUUGCUACUGUACGGGGAGAGUGGGGUAAGAUCCUAAAUGCAGCCUGUGAUGCAGAGAAGUGCAUUUCAAAAAGGCAAAAAAAACUAAACAAAAACCCUAAUGUUUACAGGAACACAUUUAAAAUAUACUGAAUGAACAUUAGUGUUUAAAAUGAAUACUUUUAUGUAGCAAGGACACAUUAAGUGUUACGGACUUUUCUUAUGCUCAAGGCUGCAUUUAUUUAAUAAAAAGAAAAGUUUUCUUUUUAUUAAAAAAUGAACGCCUUGUUUGGUAAAAUCUGGUAAGAUUUUACAAUACGGUGUCAUUUGUUAAUAUUAGUUGAUGUAUUAACUAACAUGAACAAACAAUGAACAAUUUAUUUAUUGCACCUUUUAUUUAUCUUUGUUCAUGAUAGUUAUUAAAAAAAUACAUGGUUUAUUGUUUAUUCAUGUUAGUUCACAGUGCAUUAGGUAAUGUUAACAAAUGCAACUUGCGAUUUUAAUAAUACCAAAUACCAAAAUUAACAAAUAUUAAUAAAUGCUGCAAAAGUAUUGUUCCUUUAUUUCAUGUUAACUAAUGUUGUUAUAUAAUGUUAACUAGUGAACCUUAUAGUAAAGUGUUACUGAAAAUUGUUUAAAAACAUUUUUUUACCAACCAAAAAUUCUUAUAUACUGGUGAAUAAUAAUAAUUAAACAAAAAAUUAAUAACAUAUAAAUAUUUAGCUAAAGAUUAGCCAUGUUUUAUUAAACCAUUUGCCAAAAACAAUAGCUUUGCAUUUAUAUUACUAAAUAUUUUCCUCCCUCAUUUGGUAUUUUAAAUAUGUUAAUUAUUCCCCAAUGCUUUAACCUUGGCAUUGCAACUUAUUAUAAACGCAUAGGAGGCAUCCUAAAAUAUUAGGCUUUUUUUUUUAAUACCUCCUCGCAGGAGGCAGCUUAAAUAAAAAGAGUCAGCUUACCCUGCUCUCCCUUAUAACGUCUUUCAGAGCUGGAAACAGUCGAUCCAAAUUCAAACAACAAAUCUCAGGUAUGAAUGCUUCUGAACGAAGAAAAAGGCAAUGUUUAUUUAAAGAAUGUGUAGUGUUAUCUGUUUGAAAUAUCUACUCACUGACCGUCAAAUCAUCUCAACAGCACCACUGUGCCUCGGUGUCCAACACUCAGACUACACAAUUAACUCUCCACACAGCUGAUAAAGAUGCAAAGACCAGUGCAGACCUAAUGUCAGGUCACCCUGUUAUCUGAAAAUAACGCCGUGUUUACACUACUGUAGGUUGUAAACCAAAAGUAACGACCAGCAAUGCUUGUAUAAAGUAACUUUGAAAUAAAAACUACUUUAUAAAUCCAAA